AUGAAAACGUUAAUUCAAAGGUCAACAACUAGAUUGACGCAUAGAGAGGGAUCGGAUAAAAAAUGCUGUGAUGAUGGAGAUCAUUGCUGCGGCUUGAACGAUAAAUGUCUUCCAGGCGGUUGUUUGCCUCCGGGUGCAGAAGACUGUGGAAAUGGCUACCACUGUGAUAAGGGGGACAAAUGCACUUCGGGUGGUGGUUGUAUACCUUUGGUAAUGGACGUCAUUUCUUCUUUCUUACAUAUUGAUUCAAUUAUCGUUGCUAUAACAUGUUCUAUUUGUUGCACAUUAGGAUGCGGAAAAAUGUCCAAAUGGCGGCUACUGUGA